AGUGACAGUGUAACAGGGUGUUCUACACUUCACACUGUAGAAAGAAAAUAAACACAACUGACAUACUUACGCGGACUAGUUUAAUUCUUGUUAUGAUUUGUAUUACGCGUUUUUUAUGGAGAAGAAGGAAUUGUUCACUGGCGAUAGGAUUGUGUGGCGCUUGCGUAAUAUUCUCUUAAUUGGACGGAAGGGUGCCCGCAUUUGACGAGAAUGUCGAAUUAUCAAUUACACUUGAAUGAAACCAGUGUAUCCAUUCCCAGGAUUAUCACCGUUGAUGGUGUUAAUUACUACGAAAUACUUGUGAAAUGCGGUCACGUAAUGUGGAGCGUCAACCGAAGGUACAGAGAUUUUGAUGAUCUUCACAAUAAACUGGUCCAAGAGAGGAGUGUUGCGAAGGACAAACUUCCCCCGAAGAAGGUUAUUGGAAAUAAAAAUCCAACUUUUCUCAAAACACGCCAGGAAGCGUUGGAACAGUACCUCAAAGAGAUGUGUAUAUUCCUGAAGGUAACAAUGCCGAAGGAGUUUGUCGAAUUUCUGGAGUUCCAUCGGUACGACAUCAUAUUCAUGGUGCAGAGCUUGGCCAGUUCUUUCUUCUUGCGCGGAGAAUCUUUUUUAGCUAAAUCGAAAAAGUAUGGAUUUUCCGUUCUAGAACUGCACGCAAUAAGCGAACGACUUAAAAUUCCAUGUCCUCCCACCGAGCUUUCCGAUGGCAGUCUAAAUUUUUCCCACAUUCUGGACUUUUGCUCUCAGUUGGAAACAUUGAUUGUACUGCCCACGAAGAAUAGUCUCCCAACGAUUCUCUACGAUGACGAUUCCGAUCGGUACGUUUCUCAAUCGCUUCAUAAACCGAUUGGUAGCAGCAAUUUGAUACCGUCGCAGCUGCGAUAUGAGCUCAGUGUAUUCAAAGGGUUGAACAAUCUGAUUAUCUAUGGUGUCUCGACGGAGAAUGUCGAGAAUGUUGGAAACCUCCGUGAAGGAUUGGUUAGGAUCGAGAUCUACAAAAGUAACAUCAAGCAUGUACGGCAAAUCACACUCUGUGAUGAUAUCCAUAGAAAUAAUACAGAAGAACUGGACUGGACCAAGAAAUGGAAGAAUCUCAAAUACGCUGUCUUCAAAAAUAAUCGACUCUCGGACAUCGAUCAUACUAUUCGCCUAUUACCCAACCUGAAAGACCUUGUGCUCGACAAGAAUCAGAUUGCAAGCAUCGCCCAUCUGAACCAUCUCAACAAUUUACAAACCCUGAGUCUCCGCUGCAACCGAAUAACCGAAUGCCACGAUUGGCAUUUACAGCUGGGAAAUUUGGUUAGCCUCAAUUUGUCCCAAAAUCGAAUCCGGGUGUUGGAGGGACUCUCCAAAUUGUAUUCCCUUGUGAAUUUGGAUCUCAGCUGUAAUCAGAUAGAUGAUAUAAACGAGAUAGAUCACCUAGGAAAUUUGCCGCUAUUGGAAAACCUACGCCUUAUGGGAAAUCCAGUUGCAGGGAGUGUUGAUUACAGAGCUCGUGUCUUAUCGCGUUUCGGAGAACGUCUGCAGGAAAUUUAUCUGGAUAGUGAGAAGGGAAACCAGGCGGAAUAUGACACAGCUCUGGUGCUUUCAGCGUUACGGAUAUCGGCUCGAAAUUCACAGAAAAAAUUACACAGUCUUCUCGAUACGGCUAAUGUGGAUGAAAAUUUGCCCGGAAGUAGCGGCAGCAAUGGAAGCAGAUAACAUUAGUCGUGUUUUUGGUUGAUUCGUGUGUACAUCCAGUUUUAAUUUUAAUUUUUUGUCCUGUAUAACGUAUACAUGAAAUGUUUCGUAUUUUAUUAUAUAACAGCAUAAUAGUGCAAUUCUGAUGAGUCGUAACGAAAUUUUAAUUGCUAUUUACAUCAUUGUUUCUUUCUUGUUUGUUCAUUUAAUGAAUGUUUAAUGUACCGAAUUCUCCGAAUAAAAUACAUAAAUAGUAAACAGUGA